AUGGAGGAUAAACGUGAGGAAGAUGAGGAUGACUGGGAAGAAACUGAUGGAGAAGACUCUGAAGAAGGAAAAGAAAAAGUGGACCUUAAGGACUCUGCUAAACACUCUGAGGAAGACUCUGAUGACGACUCUGAAGAAGACUCUGAUGACGACUCUGAUGACGACUCUGAAGAAGACUCUGAUGACGACUCUGAAGAAGACUCCGAAGAAGAAACGGAACGCUGCAUGGCCUGCCGCGAAAUCCACCCGUCGAGCGACCUCCUAUUUCUCGAAUGCCACUGCGCUUACUGCGAACCCUGCCUGGAGAUAAUGUUCCGCCUCGCCAUGACCGACGAGGAAUCCUUCCCUCCUCAGUGCUGCGACCCCAUCCCCUUCUCCCGCGCCAAACCCUACCUCUCACCCGCCCUCGCCCGCGACUACCAGCGCAAACUCCCCGAAAUGACCACCAAGAAUAAAAUCUACUGCCAUGAACCCACCUGCAGUACUUUCAUUCACCCACACAGUAUCCACAACCAUUUGGCGCAUUGCCAGAGUUGCAACAGGAAAACUUGUGUCAAGUGUAGAGAGCCGGAGCAUUUUGGUCCUUGUGCUGCAGAUAAACCGUUUGAGGAAUUGGCYAAGRGGGAGAAGUGGAUGCGAUGUCCGGAGUGCAAGCGGUUUGUGGAGAGGGAGGAUGGGUGUAGGCAUAUGACGUGA